UAAAAGUCCAUAAAGCAUAUUAUAAAUCAUAUUCAAAUCAUGAAAUAUGGAAUGCAUGCUAGGCUAAUAUUUUAUAACAAUAUAUAAGUUUAGAAGGGGUCCACUCACAAGUUUUCCAUUGCCCGAAAGCUGCUCGAACCAACAAGCAUGAGGUCAAUUCCACCAAUGCACCUAAACACAAUUAAAGGUCGUUUAAUAAAACUCUAUGAAAAUGUUAGAAUUUUGGAAAAAGGACGGCGGAUUCGGGUUUGGUACGUCGAAAAACCUAAGGAGGAACCUCAGGUUUUCCUGCAUACAUCGCCGCACGAGCCGCCACAGGACGGCGGCCAAAGGGCCAUGCGCCGAAGCACGAGGUGGUCGGCAGGCCUGACUCGCCGAAGAAUUCAACAAUUCUAAAAUUCCCAAAUUUUACAUGAAUGAAGAUCUCGAUAAGAGAAACAACUUUCAUACUUGGGUCGAAGUCCAAUUUAGCUGGAAAACAUCUCAAAUCACCCUCGAUCUGCCGAAGUGAUUAUCCUGGAGACACAUUUUUACCGGGUAUGAAGUUAGGUGUCAACCGCAGUGAUGGCCACAUCUGGGCACUUGUAUCAUAUGUAGAUACCUACAACCCGGCUCCGGGGCCGUUCAGUCUUGUUUGGGACCCGAAUGAACAUGAAUUGAAAAUCAAUAAAGCAGAGCGUUUUAUUGGACUAGUACUGGUGUUUAAGGACCAGUACCUCGAGAUAUCCACCCGACUGCCGAAAGACUCCUCCCUGUACGGCCUCGGAGAGAACUCUCAGCCGCACGGGAUCAAGCUCUACCCGAACGAUCCAUACAUCCUCUUCACCACUGACGUCUCGGCGAUCAAUCUCAACACUGAUUUGUAUGGGUCCCACCCAGUUUACAUGGAUCUCUGGAAUGUGGGCAACGAGGCUUACGCGCACUCCGUUCUGCUGCUCAACAACAAUGGCAUGGAUGUGUUCUACAGAGGGAAUUCUCUCACCUACAAGGUCAUUGGGGGUGGUUUCGACUUUUACUUCUUUGCUGCGCCGACUCCGUUGGGCGUUGUCGACCAGUACACGGCAUUUAUCGGCAGACCGGCCCCGAUGGCCUAGUGGUCUCUUGGUAUGUUCUGCUUCCUACCCUCUGCUUUGCCUUCAUUAACUUACUCAGUUAUUCCUAAUUCUAGCUUUAGACUAAAAGCAUUGGAUGUGUAUAUUUUUUUAAUUUUAUUUAAGCGAUAUACUAUAUUUAGAUGCAAAAUAGCGCACCGUUUUAGUCAAACUGACCAAACCCAGAUUAGCGGUUGUGUAUUUGUUUAGAAAAUAAAUGUUUUUGUUAGCGUCCCAACUCCCAAAUCUUUUGUGAAUCUUUUUGUUCUAUUUUGUUGUGAGUUUGUGAAUGAUUUUUUAUGUCGUUUUAGUAUAUAAUAUGAUGUGGUUAGUUCACCCAUGAAAAAAGAAUGUGGAUGUUGUCUCUGGAAUCCUGUCGUCAUCUUCCUCGCAUGCAUGGCUCUGGCCUUUUCAAUUGAAACCAAAACGUGUUUCAGGUGCCUAACACAACCUCUCACUACUCACUCACAUCAUUUGGUUUUUGUAAUUUGAACUUUUC